AUGCCUUCCGGUUAUGAAGACAGUGGAUUCCCACAGGACGACGAGGCUUUCAUGAGAUAUAGGGAGAAAAGAAUCAAAGAGCUACAUGGGAGGAUAGAGGACAUUACGGCUGAAAAGGAGCUGAUUGAGAAGACUAAGUCUUUGAAGAUGAUAGUUCAUUUCUACAAACCGGAGUUUAAUCGGUGCAAAAUAAUGGAUAGGAGACUGGAGGAGAUAAGAGACUACUUUCCAGGGAUCCAAUUCUAUAGAGUAAAUGCUGAGAUGUGUCCUGUUGUGACAAAGAAGCUUGAGAUAAGAGUGCUACCUUUUCUAGGCUUUUUUAAGGAUGGAUACUUUGUGGACCAGGUUGUCGGGUUUGAAAAGCUUGGAGAUGAUGUAGAGCUGGAGGCUCUUAAGGAAAGGAUUCUGGGGAGUAAUAUAUUUAAGCCUAUCUCCAGUAUAUAA